AGCAGUGACAUACUGAGGGUCUUGGUACUAAAAGCACAAGCAUCUGUAACUCAGAGCAGUAUGGCACACGUAAGUUGGAUGAGAAGCUUGUGAGGCAAAAUCAGAACAAACUUUCCUACUGUUCCUCAUGUGUUUCACAUGAAUUUCGAAUUUCAAUUUCCACAGAACUCUUUGAACUUGAAGAUACACAGGCAUAUGAAAGAUACCUAAGAGUUAAAAAGGUUACAAAGGGAACGUAAGAUUUUUGUUUGCGACAUACCUGUUUCCUCUGAAGAGUACCAGUUGGAAUCCAAAGAGCAGAAUGAAUUGUUGCUUAUUGCUGACUUUUAUGUUGGGAAUUCCUCUCCUAUGGCCUUUCCUUAUAGCAACAGAAAACUCUGAAACAGAGGAAGUUAAGCCCCCAGAGGGAAUUCAUUUCAGAGUGAAGCGGGGCUGGAUGUGGAACCAGUUUUUUGUCCCAGAGGAAAUGAAUAAGAGUAGUCAUCACAUUGGACAGCUAAGAUCUGAUUUAGACAAUGGAAACAACUCUUUCCAGUACAAGCUUUUGGGAGCUGGAGCUGGAAAUAUUUUUGUCAUUGAUGAAAGAACAGGUGACAUAUAUGCUGUACAGAAGCUUGAUAGAGAGGAACAGUCCCUCUACACUCUAAGAGCCCAGGUAAUAGACACCACUACUGGAAGGGCUGUGGAACCUGAGUCUGAGUUUGUCAUCAGAGUUUCGGAUAUCAAUGACAAUGAACCCAAAUUCCUAGAUGAACCUUAUGAGGCCAUUGUACCAGAGAUGUCUCCAGAAGGAACAUUGGUCAUCCAAGUGACAGCAAGUGAUGCUGAUGAUCCUUCAAGUGGCAAUAAUGCUCGUCUCCUGUACAGCUUAUUGCAAGGCCAACCGUAUUUCUCCAUUGAACCAACAACAGGAGUCAUAAGAAUAUCUUCUAAAAUGGAUAGAGAACUUCAAGAUGAGUAUUGGGUAAUUAUUCAAGCCAAAGACAUGAUUGGCCUCCCUGGAGCACUGUCUGGAACCACAAGUGUGUUAAUCACACUUUCUGAUAUUAAUGACAAUAAACCUAUAUUUAAAGACAGUUUAUACCGCUUGACAGUCUCUGAAUCUGUACCCAUUGGGACAUCUAUAGGAAAAAUCAUGGCAUAUGAUAAUGACAUAGGAGAAAAUGCAGAAAUGGAUUACAGCAUUGAAGAUGACUCAAAAACAUUCGACAUCAUUACUAAUAAUGAGACCCAAGAAGGAAUAGUUAUAUUAAGGAAGAAAGUGGACUUUGAACACCAGAACUAUUAUCAUAUUAGAGCAAAAGUUAAAAAUCGCCAAGUUGAUGAGCAGCUCAGGAUAUACCAUUCUGAGGCUUCCACCACUUUCAUCAAGAUCCAGGUGGAAGAUGUCGAUGAACCUCCUGUUUUCCUCCUUCCAUACUACAUAUUUGAAAUAUUUGAAGGAAGCCCACUUGGAUCAUUUGUAGGUGUGGUCUCUGCCAUAGACCCAGAUCAGAGGAACUCUCCUAUAGGGUAUUCUGUUACCAGAAGCAAAAUGUUCAGUAUUGAUGAUAAUGGCACAAUCUUCACAAGUAACCCUCUUGAUCGAGAGAUUAGUGCUUGGUAUAAUCUAAGUGUUACAGCCACAGAAAAAUAUGAUGUAGAACAGAUUUCUUCAGUCCCUGUGUAUGUGCAAGUUCUUAAUAUCAAUGAUCAUGCUCCUGAGUUCUCUGAAUACUAUGAAAUCUACGUUUGUGAAAAUGCAGCCUCUGGUCAGGCCAAGAGAAGAUGCAGAAACAGCGUGUAACUUCCCCAGAUGGCAAACGGGAAAUUUGGGUAAUGAAAGCAGAAAGGAAAGAAUAUCACCUCUCUACUGCAGAAUGAAAAAUGAAAUGUAAUGAAGAGAAGAGGAACCUUCUGUGAUAUACUUCUCAGCCUGAGGUCCCACAAAUAAAUUGCUAAAAAGAAAAGUGAAGAAUAAAAUGUGGAGAAUAUAUAAUUUAGAAACUACUGGGGUAAGAAAUGUGAAACUUCUUAAUAGCAAAAAGGAGGGAACUUUGUGCCAAGGAAGAUAGACUUGGUGUGAAUUUUUUUUAUGUUAAGAAUCCCAAAGUGAAGCUCACUAUUUUUUUUUUUUCCCUACUCAUUCUCCUUUCCCACAUCACGCACACAAAGAGCAGGCCUCUUUGAUGCUCAGAAAACUGAGCUCUGUGCUCAGUUUAAAAAAAUGCGUUAUGUAAGCAUACAUGGGUACACGUACAUACACACAAGUAAAAACAAAAGAAUGCAAGAAGUCUACAUCACAAAUAGAUUUGUAAAUGAAUGAAGAGUAUUAAGUAGAUUUCAGACAUUCAUAUGAGUUUCUUUAGACAUAACCUAUUAGUCUUUGAUUGCUUUCAUUGUUUCAUGAUAGUAAUAUGCUCUAGGCUCUGCCACUCACUAAUUUUGCUUCCUAGCUGCACAUUCAUCCUUCAGUACCUGCUUAAAAUAAAGCUGCUCUAUGUUACUAUGAUAAUGUAGUGGUCUCCUUAGAGCCUCUUUAUUGUGAGUGCAAGGUUGAACCUUGUUCAUAGAGGGUGCUGAAUGCACAUUGCAGGGGAAAGGGGCUUCUCUUUCCAGUCCUAUGUGUAUAGCAUUUUUGCUUUUCCCUUUCUUGUGCUGCACAGAUGACCAGCUGACUGGAUGUAUGGAAAUACAUGUGUUGCUUUUUCCAGCCACAAGUACAGCUCCCCAAGUCCCAAAUAUGCAUUCCCUUGGCAACCAUGCAGCUCCAACCCAGGCCAGAUGAGGUGUUGUAGCCCUGCCAAUAUGGUCACUCUGUGCUCCAGGCUUUGCACCUGCAGUGGCCUCACAGUUACCUCUGCAUGUCCAUCCACCAGCCCCCCUGUACACUGGAGGAUGGCUGGAGCUUGCCUGCAGAAUGCAGCUUAGCUUUAGCUCAGUGAACUUCUUUGAACUGCAUACAGGAUGCUGCAACCAUACCUCUUCCAAUGAGAUGGGAAGCUUGUCUUCGGGAGGUCUCCCUUUCAUGUUUGUCUGUCCUUGGAUAAUGUCACUGAGCCCUGGAGUAUCUUUUCUCAUUAUAUAUUUAUAGUUACUCUCCUAUUAUAGUUUAACACUUCUUUAUGUUAAAUUUCCUUCAUUUUAAUUAUUAUGUCUCUCAAUUGGAUCCAGACUGAUAAAUACGUUCAUUUUUAUAUUUCCAGUUGCAGAUCUAAAACAGAUUUUUUUCCAAGAUUCUGUGAUAUUUUUAUUGGAGAAUUCCAGAAAAUACAAAUGCAAUCAAUAGUCAGUAGAUAAAAUUGGGAUAUUUGUCAAAGUAAAGUAAAAAAAACCCUGUUCUUUCUUUCUCUCUGAUUCACUGUCUAGCUCUCUAUUUGUCUCUCUCUCAUAUUUUUAAUAAUAUUGAAAACCACUCUAAGAAAAAAUCCAUCUCAUUUUGUUAUUCAUUUACACAUUUAUUUUCUUCAGUUAUGUAGAAUUAAUGUAUUUUAGAAAAAAAUAGAUGUUAAAUUUCAGAGGCCCUCCUUUAAGUAGAACAGUUAUAAGUAUUUAGAGGUAAUUAAUUUUUCUCAAAUUGCAAAAUGUAAUCUCACUUAUAUUUCAGCAUUAGUUGAGAUAGUUCUGCCAUAAAUAUGUGUACAUAUGUAGUAUAUGGCUAUGGAAAGUUAUAGCAAAUAAUUUUUUUUCUUACCAAAAUACUUUAUCUAAAUGUCCGGUGGAGACAUGAAUCCUAGGAGUAGUACAGGACUCUCUAUUCUUAAAUAUAAUAGAAUUAAUAUGGAAAA